AGGAUGGCUGAACCUCCGAAAUGAUCAAUUUGUGUCAUUUUAUGAUGCAUUCUGACAAAACUAAGCCUGGAGAAGAGAGUGGACAGAAAGGAACAAAUGAUCGCAUCUGUUUUUUCAACCCAUUCUUCAUACCAUCCUGAGGUAUUGAGGAAGGAUGUUUUUUGAGUGCAGUGUGGCAUCUUUUUGAAAUCACUGGAUCUAACAUCUCCAUGGAGGAAUUACUGGAGACGUCUGCGGUGUACGCGCGCUCCGAGAUGCCGUAGUUCUACACUAGCCGUGAUAGAUUGAGUACUUUUAUGGAAAUUGCUUGGACAUUUCUGAGAGACGUACGGGCAGCAAUAAUACCACACACAUAAGCCAGCGCCGGCGAUCUGUGUGUCUCUGCAAUAAGUGGCUGAUAAAAAGCAAUAAACUCUCUAAAAUAAAUACAGUCAUCCGGUUGUGCGCCAUGGGCGACGAGGCGUCAAACUUCAGGGGAAGCAGCAGGACCGGUGUCUCAUCACUAAAACGCAGGACUGGUGAGGAUCACGGCAGAGGGGAGAGUCUACUAAAUUAAAACUGAUCACCACUGAGAACAAUGAGAUUAACGAUUUUUGAGUUGCCAGAUUACCACUGUGACAAUUUUUGAUGUUAUUCAGAAAACACAAUUCAGAUCUGGGCUGUGCUGGACUUGGUCACUUUGAUUUGUUCGAGUGGCAGAGAGGGAUAUGAAACGCUUUGUUUUGUGCUUGAAAUAAACGAAUACAGCCAUAUCAUUUAAGAAACAACUUUUAAAGGGGAUCUUUCAUAUUUUUUUUGCACUAUGAUGGAACCAUCGCCGUGCUCGAAGAAGAGCCUGUCCCUGUCGCUCCCGGUUCCCCGGGAAGGACAGGCGACUCUGAAGCCUCCGCAGCAUCUUUGGAGACAACCCCGGACCCCCAUCAAAAUCAAACACCGGGGGUACUCCGACGCCGACCGCCAUCACCACAGGCACAUGGAGCGCUCAGACGCCGUGGAUACGAGCGACCGACCAGGACUGAAAAAGUCUCGGAUGUCUUGGCCGUCCUCUUUCCACGGGACCACAAACACCUCCAUCGGAAAUUGUGUCGGGAAUAAACGCUUCGAUUCAGAGAAUGGUCCCUCUCCAGGACGCAGUCCCAUGGAUUCGCAGGCGAGUCCUGGGGUGGUGCUCCACCCUUCUUUCCCCCAGAGCCAGCGCAGGGAGUCCUUCCUAUACCGCUCAGACUCAGACUUCGACACGUCGCCGAAAACCAUGUCACGAAACUCCUCCAUCAACAGUGAGGGGCACGCCGAAGACAUGAUCGUCACCCCUUUCGCUCAGGUGUUGGCCAGCCUACGAACUGUAAGAAGCAACUUCACCAUCCUCGCCAAUGUUACAACAACCACUAACAAGAGGUCACCAGUGACAAGCCAGCCCACUGUUCCCCAAGCUACACUCUCUGAUGAGACAUACCAGCAGAUGGCUCGGGAGACUCUGGAGGAACUGGACUGGUGUCUGGACCAGCUGGAGACCAUUCAGACUCACCGCUCCGUCAGCGAGAUGGCCUCCAAUAAGUUCAAGAGGAUGUUGAACAGGGAGCUGUCCCAUUUGUCAGAGAUGAGUCGCUCAGGGAACCAGGUGUCAGAAUACAUCUCCACUACCUUUCUAGAUAAGCAGAACGAUGUGGAGAUCCCAUCCCCGACUUUAAGGGAGAGGGAGAAGCCCAUGUGUCACAUCAGCGGUGUGAAGAAGCUCACGCACAGUUCCAGCCUUUCAAACUCCACCAUGCCUCGGUUUGGCGUGAAGACUGAACACGAGGAUGCGUUAGACAGGGAGCUGACUGACUUAAACAUGUGGGGCCUUAAUAUCUUUCGUGUGGCGGAGUUCUCUAAUAACAGACCCCUGAGCUGCAUAAUGUUUUCCAUCUUCCAGGAAAGAGAUCUGCUAAAUACCUUUCGGAUCCCCGUGGAUACGUUUGUCACCUAUGUGAUGACCCUGGAGGACCACUACCAUGCCAACGUGGCCUACCACAACAGCCUCCACGCUGCAGACGUCACUCAGUCUACUCAUGUACUACUAUCCACGCCGGCUCUAGAUGCUGUGUUCACUGAUCUAGAGAUACUAGCUGCGUUAUUUGCGGCUGCCAUCCACGAUGUGGACCAUCCAGGAGUGUCCAACCAAUUCCUCAUAAACACAAAUUCAGAGCUAGCCCUGAUGUACAACGACGAGUCUGUGUUGGAGAACCAUCACCUAGCUGUGGGCUUCAAGCUGCUUCAUGAAGACAACUGUGACAUCUUCCAGAACCUGAGCAAGAGGCAGAGACAGAGCCUGAGGAAACUUGUCAUUGACAUGGUUUUGGCAACAGAUAUGUCUAAACACAUGAGUUUGCUGGCCGACCUCAAGACUAUGGUGGAAACGAAGAAAGUGACAAGUUCUGGAGUAUUGCUGCUUGACCAUUACAAUGACAGGAUACAGGUGCUAAGGAACAUGGUGCACUGUGCUGACCUAAGCAAUCCCACGAAACCCCUGGCUGUGUAUCGACAAUGGACAGAGAGGAUAAUGGAAGAGUUCUUCAGGCAGGGAGAUAAGGAGAGAGAGCGAGGGAUGGAGAUCAGCCCCAUGUGCGACAAACACACUGCGUCUGUGGAAAAGAGCCAGGUGGGCUUUAUUGACUACAUUGUCCACCCGCUGUGGGAGACAUGGGGGGACCUUGUGCACCCUGAUGCCCAGGACAUCCUGGACACUCUGGAGGACAACAGGGACUGGUACCAGAGCACUAUCCCACAAAGCCCCUCGCCACCACCUGUGUGCCAGGAUAAGGAUCUAAACGUCUGCAUGGACAAGUUUCAGUUUCAGCUCACCCUGGAGGACGGCACUCAGGGAGAAGGGGAGGACGAGGGGGACAUGCCUACACUGAACCACGUGGCACAAGACUGCAGUAAGGGGGAGGAGGAGGACGAGGAAGAGGACAAAAAAGAGGAGGACAUAAUGGCAGAGGAGGAAAAUGGGGACAUUAUAGAAGAGGAAGAGGAGGUAGCAAUGGAGGAGGAGGAGGUGGAGGAGGAACAGGAGGAGGAGCUAAAGGCUCAGUUGGAGGUAAGAUCUGAAAAGGAGAGACUUUCUGACACAAGUCCUGUAGAGGAAGAGGAAGAUUCUUCUUCACAAGCCGAAGAUACAUGAGUUCUGCUCCCGCAUCUCCCUCCUCCCGUGCACACAUCAUUUUGUUCAUCCUUUACAAUGGCCAAACCGAGAACAAAUAAGACUGCAAUGACAGUACAGACCUUUAAAUAUAUUUUUCAAAAAGGGAAUAAAUGUAAAUCGCUUCAAGAGAAGGUAAUUACACAGCAACUGUAGAUUUGGAGUGGUGACAAGUCCUCCGACCGAUUUCACAACAAACUUUAGACUAAGAGGAACUGAGGAGAGCAUUCAAGACAGACAACUGAAGACAGCGUAGCACUCUGGGACUGUGAUGCACACACACAAACAAAUAAACACACACACACACACACACACACACACACACACACACACACACACACACACACACACACACACAUAGUAGGAGCAAGUCAUGUCGAAAUAAACCAAUUCAAUAAUGUGAGUGCAUACAUCAGUCAUGCAGUGUAAUUUGUGCGCAAAUGUACCCCUUCUUUUCCUCUGUUCACACAAACAUACACAGACACACACUCUUGACCAUGUAUUUGUGUGUGUGCAUUUACAUGAGGGACAUUGACCAGUAAUGAAUCUCUUUGGAAAAAGCCAUCUCUUAAAGGAGUAUUAACUAGUGUUCAGUCAGUAUUAGUAAUUCAUGUUCGUUAGAACCUCAACAGAAACUGUUCUCCUCUGACAAGCUUCUCAGCCGAGGGACUUUUUUUUCCAUUUCUGUCGGAAAGAAAAGAAAAUCCACAGAGUUGGAGGAGGAGAGAGGAAGAUGCUGAAGGAAAAGAAGAUGCUGCGAUGGAGGGGCCGCCGGCUCCAAUACCCCUUUUCCCUUUACGAGGAGAGUGCUACUGGUGCAAGAUGGCUCUGUGCCUUUCUGAAACACCAGCUUCCUGAAUGGAGCUGUCGUGAAGCAAUGCAUUGUGGGACAGGAGUGUCUAAUUUUGUUAUCAUUUUUUGAUUGUCUCUUGUUAAAGAUCUCUCUUUACUGUUCAUGGUAUUGUGGUGUGUAUCUCACACGUACAGUUUCUGUGGUGAUAUUUUUUAAGCUGUAAGUCUUCCUUUGUUGCUCUUCUGGUAAUAUAAUAACUCAGAAGUCUAGAUGCAGAGCAAUCAUCACCACCUCCACAACCAUCAGUGGACUUUUUCCAGCUUAUGGUUUUUUUCUUAUUAGAAUGAUUUUUUUACUUUCUGAGAAUAAGCCAUGUGAUGCUUUGAAGCAUAAGUUUUGCCUAUUUUCUAUUUAACAAUUUCUAAAUAUGUUGAAGGGAUACAGAAUUAUUUCAUCAGCAGAACAAAUUUCCACUUGCCAUCUCACACCCACUUGCACUGCGUGGUUAUUUCUCCUCAUACAAAAUGAUUCUCACCAAAGGAAAGGAUGAGAAGCUUCAGUGGGUGAAGUGAUUUGAAGGAAUACGGAUGAAGAUGAAAAUCAGGGAGGCAGAAUGUCAGGAGAAAGAAGCGUUACUUGACCAAAAGCUGGUCUGGCAGUCCCUAAUCAUCCUUGUUAUGUUUGAUGCUUUUUUGCCUUAAUGUCAGAUGCAGGAUACAUACCUGCCAGUAUGUAGAUUUAUAAGAUAUAUAAUAGAUAUCCUAGUAUAUUUAUAUCACGUCAAUAUGCUUAUUUCUGUGAGUAUCAGUGUGUCUAUACACAGUGUAUCCAGCAUUGCAUAUAGAGGGAAAAGGAAAAACAUUGCUGCCAAUAAUGUUGUUGCUGAGCUCGGACUACCAUAAAGAAUGUGCUGUUUUUUUAUCAGGAAGGUACAAUUACUUUCUUAUAGCUUCAUGAAAGCAUGAGGAGGGAAUAAGAAUGAUGAGAUAAGAUUUUGCGGGCGGUGAGAACGAAUAGGGAUGUCCUGUAAUCCUUUAGUUUGAAUCUGACCAGUUAUCGAUUUGACAUGAUGGAGUUGAUGCGUGUAUUUGUUUGUUUGUGUGGCUUUUUGUGUGGUCAUGAGUAAAUGUAACAGAGAGAGAUGGCA